AUGAUCAUUGGAAACGCUCACUUCUUCUCCUGCCUCAAGACUUCAGCAAAUAUUCAACUUCCUAAACCGCUCCCAUUGCUAGUAGAUAGUGUGUUCGGCUGGCUGGUCUCAGGCACAGCGGAUAUAACCCGACCCGAUAAUGGAACCUCAUCAUGCACUGUAACCACCGUUUCGUUAGUAGCACUUGAGGAUAGUUUAGAACGUUUCUGGAAAAUUGAAGACCUGCCAGACCAGCCAAAUUACUCAAUGGAAGAGAAGCAAUGCGAGGAGUUAUACUCCGCUACCGUUAUGAGAAACGAGACAGGAAGAUACGUAGUACGUCUCCCUCGUCGCCCGAAUUUUGAGAAAAUAGUAGGAGAAUCCAAAAAUUGUGCCUUUCGUAGAUAUUUGCUACUGGAGAAUCGAUUGGAGCGUGAUCCAGCGUUGAAAGAAGAAUAUCGAAAAUUCAUUGAAGAAUACAUAGAGCUUGGCCAAAUGAAGGCGGUGUUGCCUACCGAACCCCAACAUUACAAAGGUUGUUUCCUCCCUCACCAUCCCGUAAUGAAAGAAUCGAGCGCUACCACGAAGGUCCGCGUAGUGUUCGAUGCAUCCGCUAGAACUUCCACCGGCCAUUCCCUGAACGAUGGCUUAUUGGUAGGACCAGUAAUCCAGGAUGAUCUGCUAUCCAUUAUCCUACGCUUUCGCAUAUUUCCUGUGGCAUUGGUGGCGGACAUUGAGAAAAUGUACCGCCAGAUACUCCUACAUCCAAAUGACACUCCAUUUCAACGCAUUUUAUGGAGAUUCAAUGCGUGUGAUCCCAUUUGUACAUACGAGCUGUAA